AUGGACCCCAGAUUUAAAAUACCUUUAUAUCUUUCCAAAUCAAUCAGUCCUUUCGGGUUUGACCCUUAUACCUAUACUAGUGGGCGGUGGCUUCGUGAUAAUUAUUAUGAACGCUCUUCACAUUAUAUCGCAUUUGAUUUUGGCGCUUUGUGCGAUAGGAUCCUUCAGCUUUGUCCUGACGCGAUUUCAAUCGACAGCUGCAAAAAGCUCAAAAAAGGAUUUAAUAGAGUUUUUGUUUUCACCAUAAACAACUCAAAACAGUUAGUAGCUAAGUUGCCAUUCGUUCUUGCCGGACCGGCGCACUUAGUCACCAGUUCCGAAGUCGCUACUAUUAGAUACCGUGAGUCCUCAAUUAUAACACAGAUUUACUUUACUAACAGAAAUGCCUCUGCACAAUCUGCUUCACUGUUAUUAUUUCAUCCAGAUUUAUAUAAAUGUAAUAUUUUUGUGUCAGAGGAAGACCCUACCAUUAUUACGGGUAUUAUUGAUUGGCAAGGUGCGAGUAUUAAACCAGCCUUUUGCCUUCUUAAAUAUAAAAGGGCUUAUCGACUUUUCGUGGCGGCACAAAACCUAAGAUAUGAUCUUUUAAAUUUAUUAAAUUCAGCAAGUAACGGCUGGGUGCCUACAGAAAAUUGGGAAGUAACACAAACAGUAUACAAAAAAAUCUUUGAUGGAAUGCUGCAGGCUGUUUUAUCAAAUCAGAAUCCAAAAGACAAUAAGCCUGUUUAA